GGUGUGUACGGUCGUGCAUGUGACUAUCAGCGGGUGCUGCAGCCCGGUGAGAACGAGAGCCGCGACUGUCGUGUCAGCUGACGAGUCUUCCGCUGCGACUUUUGUAACUGCUGUACAGCACCUUCCAGUGUCGUUACUGGUGAACUGUUCAUUCUAGAUAUCGACAAAUUAAUGCCACAACAAUCGAAUCUGCUAAAUAGGGUGCACUGAAUUACACUUGCUGGCGUUACAUUUCGACACUUCUGACGCAAAGAACCAAAUUAAAGAAUAGAGUGCAAGUGCCCAGUGGAUAAAUGAAGUGGGUUAAAGUGGCAGUGAUACCUUCGUCCUGGCGGUUACUCAGUGACGUGAAGGCUGAGAGAUGAGGCAGUGUCGGCGGCCCAGUGGAGGCGGCGGCCCCGGCUAGCGGCGGCGGCACCAUGCGGCCGCGAGCUCCGCCCCCGCCGCCCCCAGCCACAGCCAUAGGCCUAGCCAUGCUGCUGCUGCUGCUGCUCGCCUCUCCGCCACCAGCCCGCGCUGUCGACGUCUCACAAUGCGUGGCGCCACUGGGGAUGGAGUCAGGGGCCAUCGCUGACGAGGACAUUAGCGCCAGUUCAUCCUUCGACAGCGGCAACGUGGGACCGCAGAAUGGAAGGGUCCGCACGGAGCGGCAGGGAGGCGCGUGGUGCCCCAAGCAGCAGGCGACGAUGGAGCCGAAGGAGUGGCUGGAGGUGGACCUGCGGCAGGUGCACCUCGUCACCGCCGCCGAGACGCAGGGCCGCUUCGGCAACGGCCAGGGACAGGAGUUCGCCGAGGCCUACAUGCUCGAGUACUGGCGGCCCAAGCUGGGCAAGUGGGUCCGCUACCGCGACUCCAAGGGCCGGGAGGUACUGAAAGGCAACAGCAACACGUACCUGGAGUCGAAGCAGCAGCUGGAGCCGGCCAUCUGGGCGAGCAGGGUGCGCUUCCUGCCCUACAGCUACCACCGCAGGACCGUCUGCAUGAGGGUAGAGCUCUACGGCUGCCGGUGGACAGACGGCGUGGUGAGCUACUCGAUGCCCCAGGGCGACAAGCGCGGUGCCGGCUGGGAGCUGUUCGACGCCACCUACGACGGCCACUGGGACGGCGAGCUGCGCAGGGGGAUGGGGCAGCUGACCGACGGCCGCGUCGCCGCCGACAGCUUCCGGCCCGGACACUACCCGGUGCUGGACAAAGGUCAGGGCUGGGUCGGCUGGAGGAACGACAGCCGUGGUGGACAGCCCGUCGAGAUUAAGUUCGAGUUCGAUAAGGUGCGCGAGUUCAACGCUGUCCACAUCUUCUGCAACAACCAGUUCACCAGAGACGUGCAGGUGUUUUCGGAGGCGAACGUGCUGUUUAGCGUGGGCGGCAAGCACUACGACGGGGAGCCCAUUACGUACACCUACAUCGAGGACUGCAUCUUCGAGAACUCGCGCAACAUCUCCAUCAAGCUGCACCACCGCGUCGGCCGCUUCGUCAAGCUGCGGCUGCACUUCGCCAACCGGUGGAUCAUGAUCAGCGAGGUCACCUUCGACUCAGUGGUCGCACAUGGGAACUUCUCGGAGGAAGUGGUCCCGGUACAGGACGCGCCUGCCCAGACCGACGUCUUCAUCGACCGCAAGAAGCAACACGUCGGCGGCCGGCCCGUGUCGACGGCGACGGAGGAGGAGCACACCUACCUGGCGGUCAUCAUCGGCGUGCUGAUGGCGCUGGUGCUGCUGCUGGCCGCCGCCAUCUCGCUCAUCGUGUCCCGCCACCGUCAGCGCAAGUGCUUCGCGUCGCCGCUGGCCGCCAAGGUGGCGCUGGCGCCCACGCUGGCCGGCGCCGCCCCCGCCACCGGCACCUCCAGCGCCGCCUCGGCCGCCGGCACCGCCAAGAGCGGCGCCUCGUUCUCCGCCAAGGAGGUGGGCGGCGCGGGGGCGGUGGCGGCGGCCGCCGGCUGCGGCCGCUCCUGGGAGGGCACGCUGGACCCGCUGCUCGUCGCCAGCGACUACCAGGAGCCCUACCACGCCCUCAAGUACGCGCCCUACUACAGCUACAGCAGCGUGCUCGUCGACGUGGGCGGCACCUUCGGGAAGCGCUUCCCGAUGCACGACGAGCCGGUGCACGACUACGCCGUGCCUGACACAGGGGUGCGGCCCCCCGCUGCGCCGUCGCCCUCCCCUGCGGUCAGUCUCAAGGACACAGCCAGCCUGCUCUCCAGGGACAACAAGACUGCGUCCAAGGGCAAGAAGUCGCCGUGCCGGCAGGAGGCGCUGUCGGCGCUGAGGCGGCGCCUGCAGCAGACGGUCGUCCCGGAGUUCCCCAGGCACCGGCUGCGCAUGCUCUCCAGGCUGGCCGAGGGCGCCUUCGGAACGGUGUACAUAGCGGAGGCGGACGGGGUGCCCGAGUACGGCAAGGCGACGACGCUGGGCAAGCGGCUGGUCGCGGUCAAGGUGCUGCCGGCGGGCGCCGCCGACCAGGACAAACAAGUGUUCCUGCGCGACGUGCACAUCCUGGCGGCGCUGGAGGACGCGAACCUGGCGCGCGUGCUGGGACUGUCCAGCAGCGAGGAGCCGCUGGCGGUGGUCAUGGAGUACCUGCAGCACGGCGACCUCACGCAGUUCCUCAGGGCGCACCAGAUGGCCGACGACGACGACCACCCGCUGGCCGCCAACUCGCUUAGCUUUAACUGUUUGCUGUAUAUGGCCUGCCAAAUAGCUUCUGGAAUGCGAUACCUCGAAACGCUGAACUUCGUUCACAGAGAUCUUGCCACAAGGAACUGCUUGGUCGGCGAGGGCUACCAGGUGAAGGUGUGCGACUUCGGGACGCACAACGAACUCUACGAGGCCGACUACUGCAAGGUGGACGGCGUGGAAGGGCUGCCUGUGCGGUGGAUGGCGUGGGAGUCGGUGCUCCAGGGCCAGUACACGACCAAGAGCGACGUGUGGUCGUUCGGCGUGACGCUGUGGGAGGUGCUGACCCUGGCGCGCCGGCGGCCCCUGGAGCCGCUGUCGGACGCGCAGGUGCUGGCCGAGCUGGCGCGCCUCGGCGACGACGACGGCGACGUGGACGGGUGCGCGCUGCCGCUGCCGCUGGCACCGCCCCCGCGCUGCUCCAGCGACGUGCUCGACCUGCUGGACGAGUGCCGCCGCCGGCACGCCGCCCACCGGCCCUCCUUCCGCGAGAUCCACCUCUUCCUCCAGCGCAAGACGCUCGGCUACGUGCCCCGGGCCGCCUCCUGAUCGCCUCGUCUCGCCUGCUAGUGCUGUGGACGCUGGUGCGCAGCUGUCAUUUUGUACGACCUACAUUCGGGUGCUUCUUCUGGAGAUCUGGACUCGCUGUGAUACGAGAUGCUGCCUAAAAGUUUGAGGAACUCCUGCUUCCCACUAUGGAGACACCUGAGCCAUCGAUUAGUCUCUUUUGAAUCGGUGAACAGAGCUGAAUGAUUAGUCCAGACCGACUUUACAGUGUAUCACAUGUUCUCAAAGUAUGCGGUGAUCUUUCAAAUUUCUUUGCUCUUGUUACCGGGCGACUUUGUAUCAGUUUUUCAGUCUUACUUUGGCCUUCUACUGAAGAGAAAUUUUCAUCAAAGAACCCCUGACUCCAUCAUUUGUACUGGUAACUGUUAUAGGGAACAUUUGACGGUGAUUCCUACACUUACACCUCUCCAUUAUGAAGAAGUAUGGACGAAAACUUUAAUACUAAUGGACUCACAAAGAGAUUUGGAAUCCCUUGAAUUAUGGGAAUUGCUUGCUCUGAAGAUAAUCCUCGUAACUUUUCGGUAGUAACUCACUCACUACAUGCACAUAUCUUUUUUUACUAGUGACUAAGAGUAAUCCCUUCUACUCGGUCACCACAUAGUGAUGUUAAGAUAUAUUCAAAAUGUAACACGUGUUUCAGGCCGUGGAAACGGGCGGAAAAUUAUCUCACGACCACUGUAAUCUGACUCCUCUCGUAAUUGUCACCAGAUAAUAAGUUGCAGCGUAAAUGCAUUGAGAAAUAUAGCAGCGGUACUUGGAAGAAGAUGACUUUUAUACAUAACCGUUCGAUGUUUUUCGGUAAUUUAUCCGAUGAUUUUAUUUCCCCUAACGGCAAUUGCUUUUAUAACUUGUUUGCUAAGACGAGACUGUACGAUCUUGGAACGCCGAAAUCCGAAGAGACUGGUUGUAGGAAGAGCUGUAAUGUUUGCAUUCACUCCUUCAUCUGGAGGAGUUUAUGUGGAAACCAAACUUAAAACCAGUAUACUUUACGGUAAUCCAUUCACCACUUUAGGACAAGAGAUGCAAAUGAGUCUUCUUGUCGCUUACAGUAGACUAUUCAGAAACUUCAGUCUUUUUCUCUGACCUGUGUUCCGUUCAUUUUAUCUCGAAAUUAACUGUGAAUUUUCCAUUGGUACCUACUUUUCCUGUCCGAACCAAAGCUUACAUUAAGUUCUACUUUUCGUCAUUAACUUAAGUAAACCAGUCUUUGAGUGUUAUGUUAAAUUAUCUAUUGAUCUUACUUUGACUCGUGAAUAUGAAAAUUAAAUUAUAACGCUUUAGGUUUCAAGAAUUUAAACAAUCAGUGAUGACAUUAACAAUUAUCUGUGAUAAAAUAAAACUAGUUAUCAGAUUGCACUUCUCUUAGGAAACUCAUGUAUGAGAAUGUCGCCUUUUAAAGAGCAGUAUUCUCUUCUUGUUGUUUUUAGUGUUGUUAGAGGACCAAUGUUAUCAGUUAUCGAUACGAUAUGCCGCUUAUGUACUUCAACACGCUCUGAAAACAAAUACUGUUCACUUUCAGGUUAACAUUUGAAAUGCUCCUGUUUAAACAUGUACCUCGGCAGUAGAAUUUCCUGUCUGUAGAGGAACUUCAAUUUGUUAGUAUUCCUUUCCAUCCUCCGACUACCUGCUGGCAACCAUAUCUGAAAUCGUUACUCUUUUCUUUCACUGAUCUGUCCUGGAAGACACGCAUCGCUAGAAGAUUAUUCUCCCAGGAUUCGUUGAUUUCGUUUCGUUCAAGAUUACCACGUUGAUUUCGUUUCGUUCAAGAUUACCUUCGAUUCUGUUUUCAUUCAAGGCAAACGAGUGCCAUUUUCAUCAUUUAACUCUCUAAUAUAUUCCCAGUCAUUAAUAUUUGAGCUGUAUUGCUGCUUUCUACUUAACACUUUGCAUUCGGACGCUUUCUUUAUUACACAGAAGUGAAUAUAUUAUUUUGUUCUUUAGGUUUUAGCAAUAAGUCUUCUUCGUAGCUUGAAGAGUGAAUUCGUAUUUGAAUAUAUUUAUGAUAAGUGCUUUUGAUUUGUAAAUUAUUUGUGAAUAGGAAAUAUAACAGUUUCAGACUGGCCUAAAUAGUGAAUACGUGGUAAAUAAUUCACAAAUGGUUAUGAAAUUGAUAAUUUGUGAAUGUUAGGAAAAGGCAGUUUAUUUCGUCAAUUGCGUCAGUAAGUAUGUAAAUACAAAGGUCAUUCAAAUGAAAACCAGAAUACGUGGAACAAUAUCAAGAAUCUCUUCUCGUUUUAUGGGAAUAUUUUCUCGAACAAUUAUAACUAGUCACUUUAAGACUACGUCUCUUCUGUAGAAAUUUGGGGAAAACACAGUAUUGAGAUGUGCGCCACAUCAUUUUCCUCUACCUAUGAUUAAUUUUGAUGCCCUCUGUCGUUGUCUCUUAUUUAUCACUUAAAUCUGAUACCUGAUUCACAUCACGCAUAAAGGAUAUAGGCCGGCCGCGGAGGUCACGCGGUUGUAGGUGCGCAGUCCGGAGCCUUGCGACUGCUUGGGUCGCAGGUUCGAAUCCUGCCUCGGGCAUGGGUGUGUGUGAUGUCCUUAGGUUAGUUAGGUUUAAGUAGUUCUAAGUUCUAGGGGACUGAUGACCACAGCAGUUGAGUCCCAUAGCGCUCAGAGCCAUUUGAAAGAAUAUAGGAAAUAAAGUCUUCAUCCAAGCGCGACGCUGUCUGGGAAUAAAGCCUUCCAGCUUCCUUGUAACAGGAACAUUAAGAUACUAAUUCAUAUUUAUCAUUGUACUAUGCCUAGUGACAUCAAAGAGCAGUAUUUUUGUUGCUUCCACUAAGAUCCACUGGAGUGUCAUGGAAGAUUUGUUUUGUUUAAGACUGGUGGGGGAAAAUCACUUUCUUAAAAUGAUUGUGAUAUUAGAUCCGGAAGAAGGCCGCUGCAACCGUGGCCGAAACGUUGGUUUUUCUCCAGCAGCAGUAGUUUUAUACGUUAUGACGCGGUACCAUAUUCAAAAAACUUUUAUGUCGAUUGUGACACAGUUAUCUGUGCGCAUCGUGUGGAAGACUAUUCUAAAGUUUCAUCCAGAUGCCGUCUUAAAAUCAUACAAAUAAUCACACAGACAUCAAACGAGGAUAUUUCUUUAUUUGCAUUAACAUUUCCUAAAGAUUACGGUGUAAAGGUACAAGAUGAUGAAAGGAAAUGAGAGCAACAGUGUGAAUAGGCGAAUGAAAGGUGAGAGAGACGUACAGGGAGAGCUGGAGACUGACAAAUAUACCGACUCGGAAAUGGAUAGAGGACAUGAUGAACCAUUGUAGGAGGAACAAAGAGUUAUAGAAGGUGAGGGAGAGAGAGAACUGGUGGGGCGUGAUAGGUGUUUGGAUAGCCUGGAGGAUGUUAGAUACAAGUAGAGCAAAUCAAACAUGUUACAGAAUGUAAGGAUGUUGAUGUAUCGUGGAUAGGACAAUAAAGGAGAACAGAAGUAAUUUCCAGACGAUUUAUGACGCUUAUUGAUUACUCGCUCCGAGGGAAAACAACAAUUCUGCUUUCUAGUUCCUGCAACAAACUUUUUCGAAUCGUGAUAAAACAUGGGCCCGUAGGAGAAGGCUUUCACGCAACCGAAGUAUCACGGAAAAAGGAAACGCUGUAACAAAGCGAGAGCUACCUUAGUUUAGUAACAUUGGCAAGUUAUACGCCUCUCGACAGGUAGUGGACAACUUAACCGUAAUAUCUAAUAAGUGCAAAUAUCGCCUCAGACAGCAUUGAGUGAAUGCUCCAUUCCGUUUUAAUAUUCUGUAAGUUUGCUUGCUUCACUAAAAUUUUGUCGCAACUUUGAGCCUAUUUUUGUGCACUGUAGACAUAAUUUUUGUUAACUUCGGGUAUGGCUUACUACGAAACUCAUCUACCGAUUUCGGAGGGCUAUCAAGUUUUUUGCCGCGCAGAUGUCUGGUUUUUCGUUUCAGUGGCUUUUGUAUUUUGUUACUGACGCCUUUCUGUAAAUAUUGCUUGUUUGAAUUAUUAGGCCAAAGAGUAUUCUAGUUAUGAAACGACAAACCUGUCGUUACUUGUAAUUUUCAGACGCAAUAACUAAACAUAAAACUACACGUUAUACAGAUAUAGUCCUCAGAGCGAUGUAAUCAGUGGCAAUAUGAGCUGAUAAAUGUUUAAACUUUCACGGUAAAUGUAGGGUUGUAAUGAAGUAUUUAUUGAUAAUGCAUUGUAGAAAAUUGUACUGGUUGUAUGAAGAAGUUUAUUUUGUAAUAUAUUGUAAAUAUCUAGUAGAGAUGAGUGUAAAUAUGAAGAAUAAUAUUUGUAACAUCUGUCACUACUUCUGCCGUCACUAUUACUCACAAAAGUAUGAGAAAUUAACACUUCCCAAGAUGUAACCAUUAAACCAUGGUACCAGUGUUGCAAACUGGCUCUCCUGUGGCCUCAGAAACGAUUGUCAUUCUUUGUUAGAUCAUAGUCUACUGUCAAGUAUUCUUUCAUGAAUUAUUUUCUCCUGGUCCCUUUCACGUGGAUCACUAUAUUUUCUACAGUUAUGGAUACAAACAUUGCUAAAGGUGGAAAAAUUACCGUUUCCUUUGGAAAGUAUUAACCCUAUAUUUUCUUGUUACCUCGUGCCACUAUUUUAUAUUUUCCAUAUUCAUGUGUUGCCGAAGUAUGAUUCCUACCAUAAAAAAUGUUGACAUUAUUUGUAAACAGACAGUAGCCGUAAUAACAAGAUAUGUAUGCACUACUUUGUACCUACGGCCCCCACCCCAUCCGUUUCUGCGCAUUUUGCUUAUACAUGUAGUCGUCCAACAGACACCUCCCUUAUUCUGUUGGAUAGAGUCUUGGAUCACUCCUCAGUUUCCCAUCCCUCGUUUCAACCUAUUCUGCUGCUUAUGUUUUUUUUUUUUUUUUUCAUUCGAGACCACACUGUAUUGGAUCAAAACAGAAUUUGUUCUUUUUAGUUACUGAAAUGUUGCGUUCAUUUCAAUUACAUUUACCGGGUAAACCAGUUACUUGAUAUGAGCAUUUUCUGCUUGAGACAGCUUUUAAAUUUACGUACGUAUCGCAUCGUUGCGUGCAGUCAACGUCACUGACUUGAAAUAACUUUACAGUGACAGCCCUCUUCCAAUCUCUUAAACUCACUUCUUUAUGUUCUGACAACUCUCCAUUACCAUGUAUUCAAGUCUAAUGUUUCAAAUGUUUCCCCAAGCAUGGGUGGCAGUAAUAAAUUUACAAGGAGGAUAGUGAGAAAGAACUAAUAUUUCCGGAAUUUUCUUUUCAAAAUUUCACAGGAAACAAAAGUUGAAUAUGUUUGUAAAGCUCAUCUUUGUUUUUCAUUUCCGCGAGCAUCGUCUGCAAACAGUAAAUCUGAGGUGCUGUUACGUAGCAAAUCAAAGUGUUGUGCAAUGUUGGUAGUGGAGAAUCAUUAUAAAUUUGUAGCAAUUUCUUCAUAUAUGCACAGUGAAUAGUAUUUUUAAUAGCGAGCCUGAAAAAUGGAACUCAUAAAAUACGUAUCUAUUAUAUAGAUAAACAACGAUGUUAAAGGUUUUAGAGUGAAUAAUAUUAAUUACAUGGAAAUACGAAAUGUUACUUUUGCAGCUGUAUCAUAGUGAAAAGUGAGACUUUUCACGAUAUUUCAAUUAUAUUACGUGUUGUAUCUAAUGCUGCGUUACCUUUCAGAACUGUGGAAACCUGCAUCAUGUUAAUAAUGUGGCACUCAGCUGCUUGUUGAAUUGGUAACAUUGUAUGCCACAUGUUUAACGUUUGGUUUCUACCUAAAAGGACGCGAAAUCUCUGAAAGACUUCCUAGUAACCAAGAGACUGUCAGAAAGUGUUGAGACAUUGCAUGCAGGUAACGGUUUAUCGUACAACACUAAAUAAACUUAUUUCUUGUCUGGUUAAAAUAUAAGCACAAAUUAUGUUGAGUGAAUAGAUACGCUGUCAUAAAAAGAUAAACUGUUUUGUUAUUACACUGUUCACAAACAAUAGGAAAAUAAAGUCAUAAAUGAGUUAAA